GUCCAGCCGGAUUUGCCACUCACAAUAUGGCGGACGCCUGACUUUCUACUUGUAUCCAAGCCAACGCGGUGUCUACUUUUAGUCUCUCUACUCUGGGUCUAUGAAUAUAUCCAAGGUUACAAUGAUAAACUAUAAAUCGAGCUAACUGGUGAAAUUAAAGCCUCCGAUAAAGCGCAUCGCUGGACGUUGAGCCAACCGCUUUAGUUGAAGCUCAUCCUGGACGCUCCGGUGUAGAAAACAAGCCAGCGAAGGUUCAGAUCGAUUUAGCCAUCCAAUAUCUCAGCACUUCUCUUUGGAAUGUUUAUUUUGUGUUUAAAACUGAGUCUUUUUUUUUCACCUUUUACGUUUCAACGGGAGCCACUUCCAUCCUCUGGGGAGCGGGUUCUUUCCCUCCUCGUGAAGAGUUUACGGCCUUUUAUUUUUUGUUAGCAUAGCCUGUUGUUAACCUUCGCACCAACCAGACGUUAGCUCGCUGCAGACCGACAACAUCUUUUCCGUCGCUCACUCUGGUGUCGGAUUUGAGCAGCAAUGGAGGACGAAGCCUUCUCCAACAUAAGCGGCAAGCCGAUCUCCCUGGCUUGUCAGAAUCACUCGAGCUUCUGCAGGGAGUUCACGGUUAGCUCCCCCAAGAUGUCCAUCGGUAAAGUGAUGGUGUACACCUGCUCCGUGUGGCUCCUGGCUUAUGCCAUGUUCUUCUUCACGCAGAACACCGCGGUGCUCUCCAGCGCUAUUCUCAUCACCCUCGCCGGCAUGAUGCUUCACAUCCACUUUGUGAAGGUGGACCACGAGACUCUCCUCGUCGUCGGCUCCCUGGGCAUCCAGGUGUCCUCCAGCUACGCGUCGGGUCGCGAGGUCACCACCUUCAUCGAGAUGAGCAGGAUCAAAGACAUCGUCAUCAAUGAAGCUGUUUACUUGCAUCAGAUCAUCUACUACCUGUGUGUGCUGUUAAAGGAGCCCUCAGAGUCCAAUGGAGUCUCAAGUGUUGUUACAUUGUUUCAGAGCUCCAAGCCGAGGCUCAACUGCUUAGUGAAGGUUUACAAGAGCUGUCAGGAGAUUCUGUCGAUGUGCCAAUGACCCACGAGUCAAGUUUAACAUUGUUUCGUGGACGUUCAGCGUGUUUUGAACACUUUUCUUUCCCCAAGACUUCUUAAGUUAUUGCAGGAUUUAUUUCCUUCAUGAAUGCAUACAUGAAAUGAGACCGGUGGAUUUUUAUUCACAAGUGGAAGUUUAAAUGUUUUACUUUGUUAUAAAAUUUUGUUUAAUGAUGUAUUAGAAAUAGUCUAAAAGCUACAACUCUAAAACUUUUAAAUGAAAAUAGCUCUCUAUAUAUA